UAAAUAUUCCCCAUUAGCCUUUGAGAGUUAGAGGGGGAGACAAGGGGUGUCACCCCAGCCGAGCACCUGGCUGGUAGCUAUCCCUUUAAAACAUCUCUCAUUGCCUUACUUUGGAAGAGGCCAGAUUUACAGACUACAAAGGGCUAGAGAGAUGAGAAUGUUCCUGGUGUCAGAGAGAAAGAUGAGAACCCAUCAAGUGUUCCCCUUGCCCCUGCUCCUGGUGAUUGCCUCGGUGGCUUCAGAGAACGCCAGCACAUCCCGGGGCUGCGGCUUGGACCUUCUCCCUCAGUACGUGUCCCUGUGCGACCUGGACGCCAUCUGGGGCAUCGUGGUGGAGGCAGUGGCCGGGGCUGGGGCCCUGAUCACGCUGCUCCUGAUGCUCAUCCUCUUGGUGAGACUGCCCUUCAUCAAGGACAAGGAAAAGAGGAGGCCUGUGUGCCUCCUCUUCCUCUUCCUGCUGGGGACCCUGGGCCUCUUUGGUCUGACGUUCGCCUUCAUCAUUCGCAUGGAUGAGACAAUCUGCUCCAUCCGGCGCUUCCUCUGGGGUGUCCUCUUCGCACUCUGCUUUUCCUGCCUGUUAAGCCAGGCAUGGCGGGUGCGGAGGCUAGUGCGCCAGGGCACGAGCCCAGCCGGCUGGCAGCUGGUGAGCCUGGCACUGUGUCUGAUGUUGGUGCAGGUCAUCAUUGCCACCGAGUGGCUGGUGCUGACCGUGCUGCGUGACACGAAGCCAGCCUGCGCCUACGAGCCCAUGGAUUUUGUGAUGGCACUCAUCUAUGACAUGGUGCUGCUGGCCAUCACCCUGGCCCAGUCCCUCUUCACGCUAUGUGGCAAGUUCAGGCGGUGGAAAGUGAACGGAGCCUUCAUCCUCGUCACUACCUUCCUCUCUGUGCUCAUCUGGGUGGUCUGGAUGACCAUGUACCUCUUCAGUAGCUCGAUCGUUAAGCAGGGAGAUGCGUGGAGCGACCCCACCUUGGCCAUUACACUGGCAGCAAGUGGCUGGGUUUUUGUCAUCUUCUACGCCAUUCCGGAGAUCCACUGCACCCUCCUCCCACCCUUGCAGGAGAACCCACCCAACUACUUCGAUACUUCCCAGCCCAGGAUGCGGGAGACGGCAUUUGAGGAGGACAUACACCUGCCUCGGGCCUACAUGGAGAACAAGGCCUUCUCAAUGGAUGAACAUAAUGCAGCUCUCCGAGCAGCAGCGGGCUUUUCCAAUGGAAGCUUGGGGAAAAGAUCCAGUGGCAGCCUGGGAAAGAAGCCCAGCAGCCUGGGAAGCCGACCCAGUGCCCCAUUCAGAAGCAAUGUGUAUCAGCCGACGGAGAUGGCUGUCGUACUCAAUGGCGGGACUAUCCCAACUGCUCCGCCAUCUCACACAGGAAGACACCAUUGGUGAAAGACCUUAAGUUCCAGAGAAUAAGAAUCUUUCUUACCGAUUUUAUUCCCUGGCUGUGUCUUUCUUGAGGGCGAAAUCCAUAACCAUGGCCGAGACAGGCCCCCUGGAAGCCAGGAUAUCUGGGAAUUCCCACCAAGGGGAUUUCAUGUAAAUGUGACAUACGGAUGAACUGGAAAGCUAACAGUGACUGCCCUCCCCUAUCCUGCCACACACACACAAACAUGGAAUCGUCCUGCAAACUAAAUCAGAGCUAACUGCCAAUAGUCUUAGGCUCACUCAGAGAAGCGUGGCUGGGAAACUGUUGCAUCCAGAGGGGUCAGGACAGAAAAGAAUUCACAGCUGGUGUGCCAGGCUGAUGCUGGCUUAUGUGAGGGGCUGGAGCCAGCCUGUCACCCCCUCCCCAAGUGCUGGCUCCCAGGGAGGACUUUUGGAGAUAACUGUGCCCUUGAGGUUAACUCAUGGGCCCUUCUCCCUGGCUCGCUUGCUCUGGUGGCCUGUGCAGUUCAGGGGACUUUAGGAGGCUGUGGCUGUGAUUCCAAAGUAAGGCCCAACUGGGCAGUCAGGGAGCUGUGUAGCUGGUGGGAGUAGAGGAAACACAGAAUGUGCCAAAGAGGAGAAGGUACUCUGGACCUUGAAGUGACCAUCCCAUCUAGACAGUGGUGACCAACCACUGUUCCGUCUACGGGCCUCUUGUUCUGACAAGCACCCCGCCUCCCUUCUUCCUCUUGCUGCACCUGCCCUCCCUCGAUUUCCUUCCGUGUUCAUUUCUGAAGCUCAGAUAGGGCCAUCAGCUUGCAGCUUCAGGGGAGUCAGGCUGAAAGGCAGGCACCAUAGCAGCUUUUUCAUAACGCCCUAUGGCUGAGCUCCCCAGGAGUGACCUCUAGAAGGGAGAGAUGACUUCUCCCUGUCCAGCAGUGACUUCUUGGGGGUGUCUUCCCCUGAUGUGGCUAGAAGUCCAGGAUAGAAAGAGUUCCAUGAAGGUCUCUUGCUGUUUUCGGAGGGUUUAGAGAACAUUUUAACCUUGGUUUUCUGAUGGUUCUAUGAAAAUGGCCCUCUUCACAGCCGUCAUUUGUCAUGGCUUCCAUCUGUCCUAAGCAAGUCAUUCCUUUGUCGCUCAGCAUCUCCAGCAUCCCUGCCAUUAAAAGCCCUGUGUUCUCUGCACUGUUUGGCCAGGAUAAUCUCUAGCAACCUUUCCAUGCUAAGAGUUUGAACCUGACCAUAUGGACUGUAUAAACAAAGGUGGGGCCUCUACAUACACUCUAAUCACUACAUUGCUUUUUCUAUGAAAACUACCCAUAAGCCUUUAACCUUUAAUGAAAGCAAAUUUUAAUGGUUAGUAUUUGGGGGUGGGGGUGGGGACUGACCUCUUCUUAAGCCAGUACAUCUGAGCUGAGUGUUUUAAUAAAUCUGAUUUUUCUCAAGACCCCAGUCUCUGCUGGUAUCCCCUCCCUGCCCUGCCUUUGCAGAGCCUUGGGGAGAUGAGGCCAAUCUGGCUAGUGCUUGGCUCUCCCGCAAGUUUUCCUCGCAGCUAGUGCAUCACCACCACGCAUGGGAAGCAGAAAGCAGGGCACCCAAAGGCCUCCCCUUCCCAGCCUUCUGGGGUGCCCCACCCCCACUGAGAGCAUGUGCUUGCUUCCAGAGAAUUUGAAUCAGUCCUUCAUGCUUAAGGACCUUCAUGCGGUGGGCUGAGACCUUAGAAGCUUGAGGAGGGGUUGGAGAGCGAGAAAGCCAGGGCUGCGUGGGGCUGGCGCUCUUGCAUGCACUACCCAGCCUUCUGCAGAAGAGCUCUCCUAGCACCUCAGGCCAGUUGGGUGACAAACGUCAGCGCUCCGCAUUCUUGUGCCAGGAAGUGGCUGCCCAACCCCGCUCUCUGGAGUCCUUUGGAGCUUUCUGAUGUCACCAGUGACUUGGUCUGCAAAAGCCCCCCAUUGCAGAAGGGAGAAGCUGACAUGAUUGAUGGUUUUCUCUCUAAGCUCUUUGUUGUCUGCGUAUCAGGUGAGCACCGUGCAAAUGGCUGUGCAGAAUGCAGUGUUUCUACACUAUAAACCAGAACCAUUCUGAGCCACAGGAAACCUCACUAAGUGAGGCCUUUCGGUUUUGCUUUGUUUUUUGUUUUGUUUUGUUUUGUUUUUCUUUCCAUCCUGAUAGGUGAUCGCGCGCUUCUGGGCUUUGUUUUAUCUUGGCUAAUUUGAGGUUCAGGGUGGGCUCGAUGUUCUUAGACAGGGGUGGAGGUGGGAGCAAAAGAAGAAGGACGACAUCUGCUAUUUUUCUAAUGAGUUCAAGUUCAUCUGAAGAGGACCACGAGGCAACUCCACACAGAGACUGUACAGCCAGCUUCCGACAGAAUCCCAUGGCACCUGUUUAAGAGUUGAUAGGGGAGAUGGUCUACAAAGUCCUCUGUGAAUAACCCCAAGCUGUAAGCACAACCUAGCAUGCCCAGGUAGUGACACCAUUUUGGGACUGAAGGACAGCUCCUCUGUUCACAGCUAAGUGAAAACUCUACAGUAUUCUGUGGCCCUUUGCCAAGGUGUCGGGCAAUGGAAGUGGGGAUAGGCUCUGAUGUGUCAGUUGUUUCCAAGGUUAGAUCUGGUUGUUGUCCCCCCCUAUCUCCACACAGAUGAGGUCAAAGCCAGCAAACAAGUGUGCAGACAGGAUGAGAGGGGUUGUCUUUUGGGCUUGCCGAGUUGGAAAGUAGAAGGGGGCGCUGGUAUUUACACAUCCAAGGAUGUGGCAACCGUGUGAGCCGACGAGAGCCCCUGGCAGGUGCUUUUUAUUCAUAAAGAACUAUGCUCAUUUUUGAUAGAUAAUAUAUAUUUAUUAAAUGUAUUAAUGUGUGUUUUAUAAUGUACCCUCACUCUAUCCCCCACCCUGGCUGACUUGCAUACUUAUAAACAAAAUUGUUUGGGAAAUUUCAAGACAAUCAGUACAUACAUAUAAAUAUCAAAGAUUGCAAAGGUUGUUAAGCAUGGGCAGAUAGGUUUUAUUUUCAAAAUGCUGUUCUUAACAAGAAAAUAAAGGCUUUACUAUUUACCUAA